CAUUACAAUCAUCAUUAUUCACGUUGAUCUAUUGAGCACUCAACAACAUUCUUAUUAUAUUUCCACUAGUUACUAACCCAAAUGAACUCGACAGUGAUUGUUAAUAGAUUGAGAGAUGGAACGAUCACAGUUAUUGGCAUCGCCAUUGACAUUAGUAGUGGUGUCACUACUAGUGUCGUGCAUGGUGACGGUACAAACGAAGGCGGCGGCGAAACCGGAAAAUGGUGGUCAGGGAGAAGUGAUUGGCUACGGGUACAAAGUGAAGUAUGCCAAAAUUGAUAACUCCACAGGAAGAUCCUUGGUUGCCUUGUUGCAACUUACAAGGAAUUCCUCUGUUUAUGGCCCUGAUAUUCAACUUCUUAGUCUUACUGUCAGUCUCGACGAAGACGAUCGUUUAAGGAUCCGAAUCAACGACGCCAACCAACCUCGAUGGGAGAUCCCCUACAACAUCCUCCCUCGUCCACCACCACCAUCACCACCAUCACAACCACCACAACACCACCUCAAUCCAUCCACAACCACCUUCACACACCCAAACUCCGACCUCACAUUCACUCUCCACAACACAUCUCCCUUUGGUUUCUCCAUCUCACGCAAAUCCACCAAUGACAUUCUCUUCGACGCCACACCUGACCCCACCAACCCCACCACUUUCUUCAUAUUCAAGGACCAAUAUCUUCAACUUUCUUCUUCCCUUCCGGCCCACAAAGCCCACCUCUUUGGGCUUGGAGAACACACCAAGCCCACCUUCCAGUUAGCCCAUAACCAAACCUUAACUCUUUGGAAUGCUGACACUGCUAGCUUCAAUGAGGAUGUUAACUUAUAUGGGUCCCACCCUUUUUACAUGGAUGUUAGAUCUUCUCCUAUGGUGGGGUCCACUCAUGGAGUAUUGUUGUUGAAUAGUAAUGGGAUGGAUGUUGAGUAUGUUGGAGAUAGGAUUACUUAUAAGGUUAUUGGGGGUAUUAUUGACCUUUACAUCUUUGCUGGGCCAACUCCUGAAGCAGUUCUUGAUCAAUAUACUCAGCUCGUGGGCCGGCCUGCUAUGAUGCCUUAUUGGGCUUUUGGAUUUCAUCAAUGCCGGUGGGGUUAUCAUGAUAUAAAUGAAGUUGAGUCCGUGGUAGAUAGGUAUGCAGAAGCUAAAAUUCCUUUGGAAGUAAUGUGGACUGAUAUUGAUUACAUGGAUGCCUUCAAAGAUUUUACUCUAGAUCCUGUUAAUUUUCCUCUGGGAAAGAUGCAGCAAUUUGUUAGUAAACUUCACAAUAAUGGGCAAAGAUAUGUGCUUAUCAUUGAUCCUGGUAUUAGUACAAAUAACUCCUAUGGAACUUUUAUUAGAGGGAUGCAAUCUGAUGUGUUUAUCAAGCGAGACGGUAAACCAUACCUGGGUGCUGUAUGGCCGGGACCAGUUUACUUUCCUGAUUUUUUGAAACCUGCUGCUCAGAACUUUUGGGUUGAUGAGAUUAAGAGAUUUCGAGAUCUUGUUCCCUUCGAUGGACUGUGGAUUGACAUGAAUGAAAUAUCGAACUUUGUCACUUCCACACCAACCCCAGGAUCUAGCCUUGACAAUCCGCCUUAUAAGAUCAAUAAUAAUGGAGCUCAGGUUUCCAUAUCGAAAAACACUAUGCCAGCAACAGCUUUGCACUAUGGUAAUAUCACAGAAUACAAUGCUCAUAACCUAUAUGGAUACCUUGAAGCUCGAACUACCCAUGAUGCACUCAUUGCAGUUACCAAAGAAAGGCCAUUUGUACUUUCGAGAUCAACAUUUGUUGGCUUUGGAAAGUAUGCUGCACAUUGGACCGGAGAUAAUGCUGCAAAAUGGGCUGACUUGGCAUAUUCGGUUCCUGCUAUAUUGAACUUUGGACUUUUUGGAAUACCAAUGGUUGGAGCUGAUAUAUGUGGUUUCAAUGGAGACACAACAGAAGAGCUUUGUCGUCGGUGGAUACAGCUGGGUGCCUUUUAUCCGUUUUCAAGAGACCAUUCAGAAAAAAAUAGCAUCCACCAGGAGCUGUAUAUGUGGGACUCUGUUGCUAUUUCUGCAAGAAAAGUGCUCGGACUCCGCUACCAGCUUCUCCCCUACUUCUAUACAUUGAUGUAUGAGGCAAACUUGAGAGGAACCCCCAUAGCGCGACCCCUAUUCUUUACUUUCCCAGAGGACACCACAACUUACGGAAUAAGCUCACAGUUUCUCAUCGGCAGAGGAAUGAUGGUUUCACCUGUUCUGAAGCCUGAAGCAGUUUCUGUUGAUGCAUACUUUCCACGAGGAAACUGGUUCGAUAUGUUCAACUACUCGAAAUCAGUCAGUGUAUCUACAGGAACAACUGUUACCCUCAGCGCACCCCCCGAUCAUAUCAAUGUUCACAUCCGAGAAGGUAAUAUUGUGGCUAUGCAAGGUGAAGCCAUGACAACACGAGCUGCGAGGAAGACACCAUUCCAUCUCUUGGUUGUUAUGAGUGAUCAUGGUGCCAGCACCGGUGAGAUUUACUUGGAUGACGGCGUUGAUGUGAAGGACAGUAAGAAAGGAGGGUGGAGUUGGGUGACAUUUGGUGCAAAAUUGGAACCAAAUAGUGUAACUAUCUCAUCAAAUGUUACGGAAGGAGAAUAUGCUAAGAGUCAAAAAUGGGUGAUUGAUAAAAUAACCAUUUUGGGUCUAAGAAAAAGAGUGAACAUAAAGAAAGGUGUUGAUCGAACUUUGAAGGGUGAAGGAAUGAGACUAAGCUCAACUUCUAACAUAAAUGGGAAGUUUGUAGUGUCUGAAAUCUCAAAUUUGAAACUGCUCAUUGGACAGAACUUCAACUUGGAGCUCAAGUACUGAUAGGAAACCUACUAACUAGGUUUCUUUGAAUGGUUCGUUUCAGUCUUAUUAUGUGUAUGUUGUAAUAAUAAUGAAUUUCCAUGUAAAUGUGGUUUUAAAUAUGAACUAUCAAAGAUAUCGACUUAUCGAGUGUAUUUAUUGUAUACCCAUGGUAUGGCUGUUUUUUUGCUAUUUGCUCAUCUAGAAUUCUUCCUGUUGUACAAAGUUUGCACAUUUGGAAGUUUCAGAUGAGUAAUGAGUAAUAAAAUAUCUUUGGUAUA